AUGAUUCCUAUUCAUUAACUAAGCAAAGCAGAAAUUAAAGUGUUGAAAUUACUUGAAGGAUUCAGCAGUUUAUGGUAUUAAGUAGAUUAGUGCCCUGAUCCAAUACCAAGAAAUCAACCAGAACAAAACCAGGGAAAUUAAAGUAAUUAAUAAAAUAACUCUCCUUCACCUUCAAUGUCUUCUCUCUCAGCUUAGGAGGAUUUAAUUUCUAAUUUUACACUUCAAGAAUAGUCAAACCCAAAGAAAUAGAUUAAGACUUUAAAAAAUAAUUAUAUAAUUGAAGAUUCAAAUCAAGGAAGUCGUAAGUAUUAAUGUGGGAAAUGUAAAAAGAUAUUUAAUAAUCAUUAAUCAUUAGGUUAACAUUAAUAACCUAGAAAUAAAGCUCCUCUUACCAGAAAUAAGGAAUCUGAUCGAUGUCAUCAUAGAUCAGAUCAACGUCAUAAUGAAUCAGAUCAAUGUCAUAAUAAAUCAGAUCAAAUUAUUCAAGAAUCACACCCAAAUUCAAUCGAGAAUCUUUUCUAAUGAUAUUGAUAAAGAUUAUUAUAAAUUUCAAAUUUUAAUCCAUAC